GUAAGACUCAGAACCAAUAUGGCAGCCUCCAUGGAUUUUCAUCUGCGCCUCCUGCGAGAUUUGUUCAAAGGGAUUAGUAUUCUAACUUCACCUUCCAGUGAACCUUCAGCAACACAAGGGGAUAGCUCCAGAAAUGAUCUUCUUGAAGGCUCUCUCACCAAGUCCAUGGAGGCCCUCCACAAUGCUCUGGAUGGAAACUCAGAUCUCCAGAAUCCUACGGCUAUCUUUAAAGAUAACCAGGCUUCCUUGAGGUCUAAACUCCAGCAGGUUACUGAUACGAAAUGGGUCUAUGUGGAACAUUGCCUGGCCAUGCUUGAGAGCCUGAGAUGCUGCUACCAGGACGCCUUGCAAACAUACGAGGAGGAGCAGAGAAAGAUCGAGGGAGCUCCUACAAUACCCCUGACACCGAACAUGGCUCCCACUGCAUCACCAGACACCCUUAGUUUCAACCAACAGGCUACUCUAUCUUCUCUCACUCAGUUCAUCAUCUCGCUUGGGAUCUGCCCGGCACUGUUGAAAGGAGUCGGGCUCCCUCUCAAUGUCAGAUCCCGGUUGGCCGCUUCCUUCAUGCCAACGGACAAACCUCUUCCUUUCAAAGAGAGGCAGCGAAGGUUGAUGGUAAUCCUCAAGGUCUUCAGCGAUUGCAUAAAGCAACCUGUCUUUGGUGGGUUCAUCCUCUCUAAGAACUUGAAUGAUGUUUUGGCUUCAUUGAUUCAGGUGGUGUGCACCAUGGAGAUUCAGAAGACUAUUAAGAUCAAGAAACCUGAUGGCAGUCUUGUUAGUCCAGCUGAAAGAGAACCAGCCCUUCCUCCCUCUGAUAUCACCUUUGCCAAAUCCCAGCUGGAUCACCUGACCCGUCACUGCUAUCAGCCUUCGGUCAUCAAGGAGCUUCUCAUCCUCCAGGGCGGUAUGGGAUCUGGGAUCAAAGGUCAAAGCACUCUCCCCAAGCCUCCCCUGUGGUUGAGAAAAAUGUGUGGGGACCUGCUGGCUGAGAGGAUCAUGACAGAAAAAGGAGUAGCCCAUUUUCUGCUGGGCCUCGUUGAUGAUGGAGACACCUCAUCUGGUUCUUGGGCUCGAUGUGAUGCCUUAGCAAACCUGUUAGCAACGCCCCCUUCCACAGCUGUUUCAAAGGAGGCUUACUUUAAAAGCAUCUGCUGUCAGAUAUUAGAUGUUCUUCAUUCUGGAGAUGACAUCAUGAUGAGACAGAUCAUCCGAGUCAUCAGUAGUUCUAUAGUUGUCAUAGUAACAGAUGAGAAAGUGCUAGCCAAGCAGUACAUCCUCGACCCACUCUUCAAAGCUCUCAAAGCUGAAAAAGAUGCCAAAGGUAGCAGUCAGCUCAUACUAACUAGUGAGGCUGAGCUAUCACAAUGCAUCAAUGACAUCUACAGAAUAUUUAUCAUUGGAAGAGAACCAAGCCCCCUCCUCCUUUCAUGUCUUACACCCAUCCUUCAUCAUCUCUUCUCUCUGUAUGCGUUCUCUAUGGAAGGAGUCUGCAACCUCAGGGCAAAGGUAGAGGAGAUCCUAUGUACUUACCUCCGUACCUCGGAUCAUAGCACAGCCCUCCAUGCCAUGGAACACAUCUCAGCCAUACGGGCACAUGGUCUGAAUGACAGAAUGAAUGGCAAGGUCACAUUCAGACCAGGAUCUAGCGGUGGUGCAAUCAUGGUCUAUCAAGGAGAUUCAAGUGUUGAGGAGUUGUUCACGCAGACCUUGAUGAGCCAUGAGCACAUUGGAAGAUGCUGUACUGCUCUUUUACUCAAGGUCUCACAGGAAAAGCUCUCUGCUGACUUCUUUAUCUCGGUACUCAAUGAGAUGACAGCAGCAGUUGCAUCACUGGAUUCUUCCAGUUCGGAACAGAGAGAUCCUCCGUCUGGUCCUUCAGGACAUAGUAGUGAACUCCUGGACCUAGAGCCUUCUUCAUGGCCUGACAGGAUUAAUACAGUGCAGCACGCUCUCAGGGUUCUGGCUGUUCUUGAGCAGCUCUGUGAGGCCUUUGGACCUGAUGUCCUCAAGGACACUUACCACCUGCUACAGUUCUGUCAGGCUUCUCUCCAGAGGUGUGUGGAUCGACUGAAGCAGGAGGGAGAGGAAGGGAUAGACAUCCCAGGUGUCUUGGAGACAGAGACCUUGACACUGGCUGUGACCUUGCUCUCUGCUAUGACCACUGGAGAACAGAAGAAAAAAUUUGGAUCAACUGAUAGAAAAAUCCUUCAGGAUAUUCUUCCCCUUUUGAUGACCAUUGCCAAACUUCACUCAUUGGAACUCAUCCAGAAGAUGGCAGAUGACCUUGCGAUUGCCAUAGCAACUCAUGGUGCUGUGUCAUCAUCCUCCAUUCACCACGCAGGGAAAGACGUGAGGAAAGGUGGAAAGACGAAUGAACAGUUGAAAGUAAAUACAACCAAGGGCAACACCAUUGGAGUGCCAGGUCGAACAAAAGCUCAGACCUCUGUAGAAUCUGAUGUACCGGCAAGUAGUUGUACAAAGAGCAGUAAAGAGGUCAACAGGAUCAGUAGAGAGGUCUCUACCAGUAACGACAUUGGCAAACCUUUACUACCUCAUUCAAAUACUGAAGAAAAGGGAGAAGCAAUGGGACGAACUAAGGGUAUGGAUAUUCCUGGUAAAUCUACAAAUCAAAAUCAGGAUGAACUGUCUUGGACAAAUCCUUCUUUGGGGAUAUGUGAAAAUGUGUCUCAGAGACAAGAACCAUGUCAACAAGCAGAUAACACUGGAGCUGAUGGUGAUCUUAAAGUUCAUUCUGGAGAAAGUGCAUUGCAUGACAAAAGUAGUAGUGAUUUGGAGAUAUCUAAGAAUAAUAGAUCAGCAGAUACUGAAAGUAGAGUAUCAGACCUUGAUAAUAGUGAAUCUCAAAUGCCAGCGAAUCAUAAUAAUCCCAAGAUAGAUCAACAAAAUAGGAAAGAUGAGGAUUCAAUGCAACAAGAAAAGCCAACAAGUGAAGCUUUUGAUGAAGCAAUUAGAGACCUCACAGACCCUCUGCUCCCUGUACGAGGCCACGGUCUCAUCAUGCUGACCAGACUCCUCAAAGAGAAAGACCCUAGAGCCAUAGCUGAGAGCAAAACCUUACUCGCGAUCUUUGAAGAACAUCUUUCUGAUGACGACACCUACAUCUACCUCCCAUGCAUCAAUGGACUGGUAGCUUUGGCAGCAUCACAUCCAGACCGGGUUAUGCCUCAUCUCUGCAGUACCUUCACCAGUGGUCAUGCGUCCGACCAGAGCAGACAGUGGUCAGCGACCAGUCGAACGGUUUCCUUGGAGAAGACGCUCAAGAUGGGAGAAGCUUUGGUCAGAGCAACAAGAGAACUUGGAGAGCUAGUUCCACACUACAGGGAUCUCUUGUUGAAUACCAUCAUGGCCGCCACCAGACACUCGGACGCUCAUAUCAGGGCAAGCAGUCUAGCCCAUCUAGGGGAGGUCUGUGGGCUUCUUAAGUACUCCAUUGGUGCUGUGAUUCAUGAGGUUCUGAAUUGUGUAACAUCUGCUCUCAAAAGUGACCCUGAGCCCGAGGUCAAAAGGUCAGCUGUUCAGGUCAUGAACCUUCUCCUGCGAGGUCUUGGAAAAGAUGCCAUACAAGUUCUGGAUACCUCGAUACGGGAUGUCUACCGAUGCCUCAAGCAUGUUAGAGAUGUUGAGAAGGAUGACGUGUUGCUCCUACAUGCCCAGCUUGCCAUGGAAGAACUGGACAUUAUCAUGAAACAAUACCUGUUCCCUAAGCAGACUCUGUCAAAGAAGAUCACAGUGUUAAAUCCAUAGGCAUGGUUUCAAAAAACCAUGUGAAACCCGAUGGACAAAAGGUGACACUGCAAGUCACUCUUGGUAGGUGGUUUGAUUAGUGAGAAUUUUUUUUUAAAUUAGAAAUAUCAAAAAAUAUAUUUGAGUGAGAAGAAUAGUACUAUGGGUACAUAUAGAAGUUCAUUUAAUGCCAAUGAUGAUAACUCCGCUACAGCUGGGGUGAUAAUAUUCCAUUCCACAGAGAACAAGACCGCUGAAAGACCUUUGAAAGACCAUGAAUACUGGUUGAUCUUUUAGAGGUCUCUUAAUGAACCUACAAUGGUCUUUGAGGUCUCACACGAGUCCUGACCAAUCUGUCAGUG